CACAUGCAUCAGAGAUGGUUUGCUCUCUCCUCAUGAACCUCCCAAGUCCGCAUCGCUUGUCUCCCCCCAUCCGAAGCAGAGACCCCGGUAACUGGAAUUCGAUCCUCAAGCACCACGUCAGGCUAAAAAAUGACCGGGCCAUCCUCGCAACCUUCGCCGAGAUGGAAGCUUCGGGCGCCCACCGCGACAGGGUCGCACUGCCGGUCGUCCUCAAGGCGUGCGCGAGGUUGCAGGAUGUCGAGUUCGGUAAACGAGUUCAUUUGUGCAUAGUUGGGACAGAACUAGCUGACGACGUGCGCGUUCGGACUGCGCUCGUGGAUUUGUACUGUAAAUGCGGAUUAGUUGAUGAUGCGCUCGAGGUAUUUGAGGAAAUGACGCAGAGAGAUUUGGUUUCAUGGAAUGCCAUGAUCUCUGGGUGUGUUGCCAAUUGUCAGUACAAAUACGCGAUCUUGUUGUGUUUUAGGAUGAGAAGAGAUGGAUUGAGGCUAAAUUCGGUCACGCUGGUUAGUCUAAUAUUAGCCUGUCGUGAGUUGUCUGAGUUCAGGCUUGGGCAGGCUGCACAUUGCUAUAGUUUGAGAAGUGGGAUUCUUCAACUGGAGCCUCAUGUUGGGACUUCCUUGAUUGGGUUCUAUUCGAGGUUUGACAUGCGGUUAUCACACAAUGUAUUUGAAGUAUUGGAGAGAAGGAACACUGUGUGUUGGAAUGCUAUCAUAGAUGGGUAUUUCCACACUGGAAAAUGUUCUGAAGCUUUAAAGAUCUUUCUUCAUAUGAUAGUAGACAAUGUGGCUCCUGAUUCUGUGACAUUUUUAGCUGUCAUGCAAUCGUGUGGGGAAUUCGGAUGCUUAAAGUUUGGGAAGCAAGUGCACCAACUAGUUAUUAAAUACGGUUUUUCUGUAGAUAAGUUUGUGGGGAAUGCACUGAUCAAUAUGUAUGGUAGGUGUGGAUAUUGUGAACAUGCUAGUCUAGUUUUUGAAAGAGGGCUAACAGGGGAUGUUGCUUCAUGGAAUGCUAUGAUCUCUGCAUACAAGAAUUGCAUGUGUUUCAAUGAAGCACUUGCUCUGUUUAGCAGGAUGAAGUGUGACUGUAUAGGAGAAAAUAUGGUCACCAUUGGUAUAAUGCUUUCUGUAUGUGCUCAGUGUGGCUGCUUAGAAAGAGGUAAGCAAUUGCAUGCCUAUGCUAUAAAAAGUGGGAUGACAGAUAAUACCUCUAUAGAUGAUGCAUUGCUGUCUAUGUAUGCGGACUUGAAUAUUGUCACAUCUGCUCAAGAGAUUUUUAAUGGGAUGGAUAAGUCAAAUGCAGUUUCUUGGAACACAUUGAUCAUGGCUUUGAUCAAGGAUGGGCUGACAUGCAAGGCUUGGGAUCUCUUCGGGAAAAUGCAACAAACAGAAACUAAACCAAACUCAUUCACUAUGGUCUCUCUUCUUAAAGGAUGCACAAACAACUUAUUUUUAAAUUUUGGCAGGUCUAUUCAUGGUUAUGUGAUAAGGCAUGGGCUUGAUGUCAACUCAUCAUUGUGCACUGCACUUGCAGAUAUGUACAUGGACUGUGGACAAGAAUCAGCAGCAUUUUAUAUAUUUUGGAAUCACUCUGACAGAGAUUUAGUAUCUUGGAAUGCUAUGAUUGCUAGCUAUAUUCACAAUGGACGACCGAAUGAUGCUCUUACUCUCUUCUAUCGAAUGCAGUUUGAAACAAAACCUGAUGCAAGUACAAUGAUCAAUGUUCUUCCGUCAUGUGCACAAAUGGGGAGUCUUCUGCAAGUAAAAUGCUUUCAUGCAUACAUUGUAAGAAGGGAGCUCGGCUUGCCACUUGAUACUUCUUUGGGAAAUGCUCUUCUGACGAUUUAUGCAAAAUGUGGAAGCAUAAGGAGUGCUGAAUCGAUGUUCAGAAACCUACUGAAGAGGGACAUCAUCUCUUGGAAUGCCAUGAUUGCAGCAUAUGGAAUCCAUGGCCAAGGUGAAGAUGCUGUUCGGAUAUUUUGUGAAUUGCUUAGUGCUAGAGAGAGACCUACCCGUGUAACAUUUGUUUCUAUUCUGUCUGCAUGCAGUCACUCCGGUAUGAUUGAGAAGGGAUGGGAAAUUUUCCAUUCCAUGAAUAGGGACUAUAAUGUACCACCUGAGGUUGUUCAUUAUGCUUGCAUGGUCGACCUUCUUGGCCGUGCAGGAAACCUUGAUAAAGCCAAAGAACUGAUCUGUUCAAUGCCCAUGGAACCAGAUGCUAGUCUCUGGAGAGCUCUCCUGAGCGCAUGUAGAAUGUUUUAUAACAUGGAACUUGCGAGGAUAAUCGGUGAAAAGCUCAUUGAAUUAGAACCAAUGAACAUUGCAAAUUACAUACUUCUCUCCAAUAUAUAUGCUGCAGCUGGAAAUUGGGAAUACGUCACUAUCUUGAGAGCAGACAUCAAGGAGAAAGGUUUAGAAAAGACUCCAGGUAACAGUUGGAUAAACAUUAAAAAUGAAGUCCAAUCUUUUACUGCAGGGAACAAACAAGACCCUCAGUUUGAGAUGUCGUACACAAAACUCAAACUGUCUUUGGACGAGCUAGUGGAAAAUGGAUAUAUUCCUCAUACAAGUUCAAUCUGGCAUAAUGUGUAGAUCUGGGCAAAGGAAUGAUUCUGAUUAGUUAGUGUGAGGAUCUGGCAACUUAUCUAAAUCCCCUCAACAAGGUUCUACAGAACACAUUCCAACAGAAAUCUUCAGGGCCCUGGUGAUUACCACUGUUUUCAGCAAACCUUGUCUAUAAGUUUUUGCUGGAAUCUUCUCAAAUCUCCAGGCCUUUUGCAUCCUUUCAUGUCAUCUGGUCAUGCAUGAACUUGAUGCCAGACGGUCGACUAUCAGAAUGUUUUUCCAAAUGAAAUUGGUAUAAUCUUCUACCGUCUUUGGGUUCAUAUAACUAUUUCAGUGCACCUUGAUUUCGAAGAUCUCAAAUGGUUAGAUGAUAUUGAUGAUAACCUGAAAUGCACAAUUUAUUGGCUAUUGUCUAAUAAAAAGCCAAAGGAAACAACUUCAAUAGCCCAGCUGUCUAUGUACUGUGUCACGUAUGCAAAUCGCAGUACAUAUGUUGUAUAACAUACUGUUGGGGAUUAUACAGAAACCCCAUCAGGAAGGUUACUACAAAAUACAGGUUAGAUCUGGCUCACAGACUCUCCUCAACAUGCUUUCAGUCCCACCUGUAUUCCUUGGCACCCGAGAAACAUCUGUCAAGAUAUUUUUCUAUUUAGUAUUCCUUGGCACCCGAGUGUCACUGGAUGGCAUUUUGUCCCCGGGAAUUCUUAUGUUUCUGUCCAUAAGUUGGCUAAUUUUGCUAUGACAAAUGUAGUUGAUAUAUUCUGGAGAGGUUUACUAUUCAUAACCAGGUGAGAUGAACACAGGAGAUAAUAGCAAGGUGCCACUGAGAAACCCCUAGAUGAUUAUUGGAACAAGUCACACUCUGAUUUAUCAGAAUGUGCCAUCACAACCUAACUCUUGUAGGACAGCUUUUGGUUAUCCUAUCAAGAUCCUAUCAACAGAUUGGGUGACUGAGACCGGGUAGCCUUCCUUUGCAGUACAUCAGCUUACUUUCCAACCACAAAAUGAAUAUAAAAGCAAGGAGGAGGAGAAAUCUCGAAGCCUAAUCCUGUUAACAAUGACCGGAACGUCUCUUGUGAUGUCAAAUGCAUCCAAAGGGUGAGAAGACUGCUGCCAAAGAAAACAUGUGGAGUCAUUAUUCCAACAGGUAAUUGCUAUCACUUGAGACCAAAUGUUCUUAGUCCUUUUAGGUACUGUUCUCACAUAUGUUUGAAAGAGAGAUGGAAUAACGUCUAUAGGUGGGACCAUAAGUUGGCUACGACCAUACCAAUCUGACCCAUCUUUUCUUAUCUUUGUUAAUACCUGAACAGUUUUAGGUGUUAUGAAAGGAAGGAAGAGCAUUAAAAGAUGUUCUUCCAGGAACACAGUGGAGGUCAAGGAAAGCUUCUAAAUGGUGGACCAAGGGAACAAGAAGAUUGUCGGAAGUUAAAGUAAGCAGUUCCUGCACUUGUAUUUAUUUUAUAUCCAAUUUUUAUUUAUUUUAUUUUCGAGCCAAGUUGAACUCCAUGAAUCACAUGAAUACUUCAAACUAGAGGAUCAAAAAGUUUCAAAAAGGGUUCUUGAGGGAGAAUAAUGUGAGUGAAAGAUUUCACUUUGAUUCAUGAGUUUAAGAAAUA